CGCGCUGCUGGUGUUGCCUCACAACUCUCCCACCACCUCCCUCCCUCUUUCGUAUCGACAGGCGGCGGCGGCGGCGGCAGAGAUGGCGUCGGCUGUGUCGCGCGACGACGAGCUGGUGGUCAAGUCCCCCAACGACAACCGCUCCUACCGGCUCCUCCGCCUCGCCAACGGCCUCUGCGCCCUCCUCGUCCACGACCCGGAGAUCUACGCAGACGGCUGCCCUGUUCCCAAUCCCAGCGAAGACGUGGACAUGGAGAACGAGGAUGAUGACGAUGACGAGGAAGGUGAAGACGAUGACGAAGAGUACAGCGACGAGGAGGGGGAGGACGACGACGACGAAGAAGAAGAAGACGAGGAGGAUGAGGAUGGGAGCGAGCCGAAGAGGAGGAAGGAGAAGGGCGGCUCCGAGCCGGUCAUUAAGAAGGCUGCUGCUGCAAUGUGUGUUGGCAUGGGCAGUUUUGCUGACCCUCCAAACGCACAAGGCUUGGCUCAUUUUCUAGAGCACAUGCUUUUUAUGGGGAGUUCUGAAUUUCCAGAUGAAAACGAGUAUGACAGUUACUUGUCCAAGCAUGGGGGUUCAUCCAAUGCUUUUACUGAAACUGAAUACACAUGCUACCAUUUUGAUGUCAAGCGAGAGUAUCUAAAGGGAGCACUGGACAGGUUUUCUCAGUUUUUUGUAUCACCUCUUGUUAAGGCUGAAGCUAUGGACCGUGAGAUAUUAGCGGUAGACUCAGAGUUCAACCAAGUUUUGCAAAGUGAUAGCUGCCGUCUUUACCAACUUCAGUCCCACACUUGCUCUCAUGGGCACCCUUUGAAUAGAUUUACCUGGGGAAACAAGAAAAGCUUGGUUGAGGCGAUGGGCAGUGGAAUCAAUCUAAGGGAAGAGAUUUUGCAGAUGUACACGAGUAACUAUCACGGAGGGAUGAUGAAGCUAGUUAUAAUUGGGGGAGAACCACUUGACACUCUAGAAGCCUGGACCAUGGAGCUAUUCAGUAAGGUUAAAGCUGGCCCUCUGUUAGAUAUAAGUCCAAAGACCAAUAUGCCUUUUUGGAAGUCUGGUAAACUUCAUAAGUUAGAGGCUGUUAGAGAUGUUCAUAGCCUUUACCUAUCAUGGACACUUCCUUGCCUGCACAAGGAAUACAUGAAGAAACCAGAAGAUUAUUUGGCACAUCUCCUUGGACAUGAGGGCAAGGGAAGCUUACUUUACUUUCUGAAAGCUAAAGGUUGGGCUAGCUCGUUGAGUGCUGGUGUUGGCAGUGGUGGAGCACAGCGAUCCUCAUAUGCCUAUAUCUUUGAAAUGUCUAUCCGCCUUACUGACUCAGGACUGAAAAAUCUCUACGAGGUCAUCACGGCUGUAUACCAAUAUCUUAACUUACUUAAGCAGUCUGAUCCACAAGAAUGGAUAUUUAAGGAACUCCAGGACAUUGGGUACAUGGAGUUCAGAUUUGCAGAAGAGCAACCUCCGGAUGAUUAUGUAGUAGAUCUUGCAGAAAAUAUGUUAUUUUAUUCUGAAAAGCAUAUCGUUGCUGGAGAAUAUUUAUACGAGGGAUGGGAACCGGAGUUAGUCAAGCAUGUUUUGAGCUUCUUCCAUCCAGACAACAUGAGAGUUGAUAUACUUUCUAAAUUGUUUGAUAAACAGUCCCAAGCUAUUAAAUGUGAACCUUGGUUUGGUUCGCAGUAUAUUGAAGAGGACAUUCCAUCAUCUUUGAUUGAAAGCUGGAGAAACCCUGGGCAGAUAGAUGCUAAUUUUCAUUUACCUCGGAAAAAUGAAUUUAUCCCAGGGGACUUCACUCUGCGGAAUGCUAGCAUAGAUAAAUCCCUAAAUGACGAUAAUCCUCGAUGUAUUGUGGAUGAACCAUUCAUAAAGCUCUGGUACAAGAUGGAUAGUACAUUUAAUGUUCCUCGUGCCAACACAUACUUUUUGAUUUCUGUCAAGGAUGGUUGUAGCAGCCUCAGAAACUCUGUCCUAACAGAUUUAUUUGCAAACCUUCUUAAAGAUGAGCUAAAUGAGGUCCUCUAUCAGGCUUAUGUGGCUAAACUUGAGACUUCAUUAUCUGUUGUUGGUAGCAACCUCGAGUUAAAGCUUUAUGGCUACAAUGACAAGCUGGCCAUCCUGCUUUCCAACAUCUUGGCUGCUUCUCAAUCAUUCUCUCCAAAGAUAGAUAGGUUUGAGGUCAUUAAGGAGGAUUUGGAAAGAGCUUACAAAAACACAAAUAUGAAACCUAUGAGCCAUUCCACCUACUUGAGGCUACAAGUCUUGCGUGAAAUAUUCUGGGACGUUGAUGAAAAGUUGGAGGUUCUUGCGACGUUAACCUUUUCUGAUCUGGCAGCAUUUGUUCCGGAGCUUCUUUCUCAGUUGCACAUUGAGGGUCUCUGUCAUGGUAACCUUUCAGGCGAGGAGGUAAUACAUAUAUCAAAAAUAUUCCGAAAUACUCUGUCAGCUCAGACACUGCCAGAGGAGGCAAGGCAUGGGGAGCGAGUUUUUUGCAUUCCUAAUGGUGCAAACUUUCUUAGAAGUGUACGUGUGAAGAAUGACCCUGAAGAGAAUUCUGUGGUUGAGGUUUAUUUUCCAGUAGAGCAAGAUGUUGGAAAGGAGGCAACAAGACUCAGAGCUAUCACAGAUCUUUUCAGCAACAUCAUUGAAGAACCUUGUUUUGAUCAGCUCAGAACGAAGGAGCAGCUUGGUUAUACUGUGGACUCUAGUCCACGGAUGACAUAUCGGGUGCUGGCGUAUUGCUUUCGAGUAAUGUCCUCCAAGUAUAGCCCUGUUUACCUACAAAGCCGGAUUGAUAACUUCAUUAAUGGUCUAUCUUCUUUGCUGGAUGCGCUCGAUGAGGAGACUUUUGAGCAUCACAAGAGUGGGCUAAUAGCCGAUAAACUCGAAAAAGAUCCUUCACUUAGCUAUCAAACUGGUGAUUAUUGGUCGCAGAUCGUUGACAAAAGGUAUAUGUUUGAUAUGUCCAAACUGGAAGCUGAGGAGCUAAGGACAGUUCGGAAGGAGGACGUAAUCAGUUGGUAUGAUACUUACAUAAGAUCAUCAUCUCCCAAGCGUAGACGAUUGGCAAUACAUGUGUAUGGCUGCAACUCGGACAUUGCUGAGGCUGCCAAGCUGCAAGAGCAGUCAUGGACUGCAAUUGACGAUGUUAAAUCUUUGAAGGUUUCGUCUCAAUUUUAUUCGAGCCUCUGUUGAGGGGAAGGAAUAUGCAAUUUGUUUGAUACAUACCUACAUAAAAUGUCAUCUUCGAAGCUCAGAUGGCUAGCGACCAUUUUUGUGGUUACAGCUUGGACAUCUCCGAGGCUGCCAAGCUGAAAUAGCAUCAAUGUACGAUAGUUGAUAGUUGAUAUAUAAACAAUGCUCUGCAGAAAAUCCACCACCUUGUCAUGCAUUAGACUAAGUUGGUCUGCAGCUUGUAAAUUGUUGAGCGUCCAUUCAAUGUCAAAUGUAAUCUUUUGCUGGUUAUUGUGUUAGUGUUUUGUAGUGCAGCAUGCACUUACAGUUUUGAACUAGCAAAUGCGGCUUUAUUUGGACUUUAUUCAGUACAUGUUUUUGAACUAGCAGCUACGGCUAUAUUUGGAAUUUACUCAGUAAAUCUCAUUAAUCAUGGGGAUCUUCAUUUUUUGUUA